AUGGCCUCCCUCUGGAUCCUCUCCUGCUUCACCCUCAUCGGGGUCUCUGUAGGCUCGGGGGUCCCUGCCAGUGACCUGGAGCUGAGCAUUACACCCAGGAUCAUUGGUGGGAAGGACGCCCUUCCUGGUGCCUGUCCUUGGCACGUGUCUCUGGUGGUUUUCAUACACCCUGAUUUCAACGCGACCAACGCCUACAGUGACAUCGCCCUGCUGAAGCUGGGUUGGCCCGCUCAUUUUGAUCACACAGUGUAUCCUGUUCCCCUGCCCAGUUUUGAUGAAUACGUCCGUCCUUUAACCUUUUGCAAAAUUUUUGGCUUUGGCUACCUGUACCUCAAUGGCACAGGCUGCCCCAAGAGGCUGCAGGAGGCCAUUGUGCCGAUCCUCCGCAUGUCAGGCUGCCUUAGGUUCAUGCCCGGCUUCAUACCCCACUUCAUGCUCUGUGCUGGGAUCCAAGGCAUAGGCAUCCACAGUGGCGACCCUGGUGGCUCCAUGGUCUGCCGCAAGAAUGGAAUCUGGACUCUGACGGGCAUCUUAUCUUCUUAUGACAAAGACGAACGCAUCUUGAAUCCCUUUGUGCUCACUCGUGUCUCUAAAUUUAUACCCUGGAUCAAGAAGAUCAUGGCUAACAACUAG